CCGACCAUUACGUGAUCUAUCACGAGACCAUCCGUGACGUAGUUUUGAAAGCUCCCAAAAACGGAUCUCUUCACCCAGCAGUUUUUUUUACAGAAUCUUAGGCUAUCGGGAUAGAAUUCGUUGUGCGGCAGGGAGUGAAGAGAGAGGGGAGACAUCAUGGCUGCUCACUAUCUGCUCGCGGUGCCUUCAAAGGCGACAAAGAGCGUGGAUUUCGGCGCGCCGUUCAACCGCUUCGUGGCCAACAACUAUGACGAGCAGCCGAGCCGAUACCAGGACGCCAUCACGGAGUUUCAGGGGCUCCGCGAGGCCACUGUCGUCAAGAGCCCCGACCGUCACGAGACGGGGCUGGACCUCAUCACACGUUACUAUGAUCAGCUAGUGGCCAUGGAAAACAAACUUCCCAUAGCUGAAGGACAGAUCAGCGUAAAGCUUCACUGGACGGAUGCCUUUGCCAGAGGCGGUCUUUUUGGUGGGAAGAAAGAAGCAGGACAAGUGUCUAGUGUCUACGAAAGAUGCUGCGUACUCUUCAACGUGGGUUCACUGCAGAGUCAGAUUGGGAAAUCUCAGAAUUUCGACAACGACGACGGACUCAAGAAUGCCGCUAGACAUUUCCAAGGUGCGGCAGGGACAUUUCAGCUGCUUCAAGAGCAGGUGUUUGCCCACCUCCAGCGAGCUCCGACCCCUGACCUCUCGGCGGAGUCGACGACGGCUCUCAUGCAGCUCAUGUUGGCUCAGGCUCAGGAGAGUUUCUGUAUCAAAGCAUGUAAAGACCGGAUCAAGGACAUGUUGAUAGCCAAGAUUGCCAUGCAGUGCAGCGAUCUGUAUGCAGAAGCUUACAGCAACAUGCAAGUUGGCACGGUCAAGGCCAUGUGGGAGAAAAGCUGGCUUGCCACAGCCUCAGCCAAGACAGCAUACUUCCACUGUGUGGCUCAGCACAGAUUGGGCCUAGUGGCCCAGGCGGGGAAAAAUUACGGAGAGGCCGUGGCUCGCAUGAAGAAAGCAGUGGAACUGCUGGGAGAGGCUGAAAAGAAAGGCGAAGGAGUCUUCAAGCCUUACGAGGUGACCCAGACGGUGAAGAAAGACUUCGAGGCGGCCAACAAGGACAACAACUUUAUCUACAACGAUCUCGUUCCUGACUUUGGAACGUUGGAGCCACCGGGGAAGGCCACUCUCGCAAAACCUCUCCCGUUCACCUCCCCGGCACCCAACUUCAUCGACCUGUUUGCCAACCUUGUCCCCCUGGCAGUCUCGCAAGCUCUUCAGGCAUAUGGGACCAAGAAGGACGAUCUUGUUAACACCGAGUGCGAGAGGCUACGAGGUGCCACUGCUGAACUGAACGAGCUCCUGGCCUCCAAGAACCUGCCGGCUGCCAUAGAGGACACAGGCGGUGACUCGCUCCCUGAGUCACUCCAGGAGAAAGCGGCAGCAGUGGCUGAAGCUGGCGGUGCCAGAGCUCUGGAAGAGAAGUUGAACGCUGUGCCAGAGCUGGUUCAGCGGAACCGAGAGAUUCUGACGGAGACUGUGAGGAUGAUGGACGAGGAGGAGAGGGAGGACAGCGAGCUGAGGUCAAGGUUCAGGGAGAAAUGGUCCCGACAGCCUUCCGCCAGUCUCGCAGAGAACCUGAGGAAAGAGGUCACCAAGUAUAAGACGAUCCUGGACACGGCCAGUGGGGCAGAUCAGACGGUUCGCCAGAAGUUUGAGUCCCACAGAGAGGCCGUCGUCCUCCUGGGUAAGCAGGUGGCGGAGAUCCAGGCAGCUGUCCCGAAGGCCGGGGCCCUCUCUCCUCGAGUCCAGGGCAGCCAGUGUGUCCAAGACCUGCGGGGUCUAAUGGAGGAGGUGAUGACACUAAAAGCUGAGAGAGAGGUCAUCGAGAGAACUCUCAGGGAGAACAUCGCCGACAUCACCGGCAAGUUUCUCAAGGCGCUGAAAGACUUUGGUGACGUAGACGAGGAGACGAUUUCCGAGGCCCACCUUCGCACGGAGUACGGUUCGGUGCAGACUCAGGUCCAGGAGUCCAUUGGCAAACAGCCGGGGCUUGUUCAGAGGAUUGCGGCUGCGAGUGCUCAGUUUGAGCAGCUGACUGGCGGGCAGAGCGUCGGGGAGCGCGAGGGCAAGUUGAAGGAACUGGCGACUGGCUACGACGCCUUCCAGCAACUGCAGAGCAACAUCACGGAGGGUAUAAAGGUCAGUUGUAGGGAGUGUGUUUUAUGUUGGAUGUGGUGACCUUCACUUUUAACAUUUCGCUGUCUCUCCCUCCUACACACACCUCACCCCUUCUCUCUUACCUUCCUCUCACCAUCCCUCUCUCUCUCUGUCUCUCUCUCUCUCAACAGUUCUACAAUGACCUCACUCCGCUACUGGUCCGAGUGCAGAGCAAGAUCAGCGACUUUGUCUUUGCCAGACGCACCGAGAAAGACGACCUCCUCAAGUAAAGGAGCCUCACACUAAUUAUGACAGUGACCCCCCAAAUAUAGGACACCUCCGUAAAGAACGUUUGGUUUUUGCCCCAUCCUAUUAAUGUAUUAUUACCCUUGAAUAAGGGACACCCUCCAAUUAAAGGACACCUGUAAGAAGUUUGCCUCAUACUAAUACUGCAUUAGUGUAUUAUAAUAUUACCUCAGAAUUAAGGACACACCUGUUUCAAGGACACUGGUUCUGCCCCAUACUAGUAGGUCCGAAUAAGGGACACCUCUGGAUAAAGGACACUUUCAAUGUCCCCAAAGUGACCUACUCCGGGGUUUUUGCGUACAUACAUUACUUUACGCAGAGAUCUGCAGAAGACGAUAGCUAACCAGCCUUACGUGGCACCACCGGAGAACCCGCAGUACCAACAGCAGUCAAGGCAACCCCCACAACGACCCCCGCCCCCACAAGCUGCACCUCGUCCCCCGCCCCCCCAACAGAUGGCUCCGCCUACUGCCCCACCCCAUGCUAGUGGGGCCCCGCCUCCUCAUCAGAUGGGCGGUCAUCCCUACCAUCCCCAAAUGCCUCCAGCUCAGAGCUAUCAGCCGUACGCUCCGUACGGGGCCCCACCUCCCCAGCCACACCCGGGCUAUUACCAGCAACCGCCACCAGGGCCCUACUACGCUCCGCAUCCAGGUGCUCCGUAUGGUCAGCCCCCCCACCCUGGAAUGUACGGGAACCCUCCCGCCCCCUACGGCCAACCCCCUCCAGGGCAGUACCAUCCGCAACAGCCUUACCGGCCACCACCAUCCCAUCGCUAGCUAUAUCACGUGACAGUCAUGUGACUGCUGGUCUUGAAACUCAAAUAGUUGUCGAUAAUAUGUGUUCAUUACUUGAUUGUUUAUGAUGCUGUGCAUUGCACACGUUUGAUUUUUUGACCAUAUUAAAG